CCCUCCACCGUUUUAUUAAUCCCCCAAUCUUUUCCAUCCCUUCCACUGCAACUAGAAACGCGUAGAAAUUAGGGCGAAAGAGUUGGAAGAUCUUCUCUUCUUCCUUAUUUUGAAAAUGCCAGGUAUCACCAUUGGAGACACCGUCCCCAACCUCGAAGUUGAAACCACCCAGGAAAGAUCAGGCUCCAUGACUUCUUUGAAAAUAGUUGGUCCAUACUUUUCUCUCAUCCUGGUUCGUGAUUUCACGCCGGCAUGCAUUACAGAACUUGGAAUGAUGGCUGCUUAUGAAUCGGAGUUUGCUUCAAGAGGAGUGAAGCUCUUGGGCUUGUCUUGUGACGAUGUAAAGUCACACAACGAGUGGGUUAAGGACAUCGAAGCCUACACUCCGGGUUGCAAGGUGAAAUACCCGAUUAUUUCAGAUCCGAACCGGAGAUCAUCAAGCAACUCAACAUGGUGGACCCGGAUGAGAAAGACUCUUCAGGAAACCCGGUCCCAUCUAGAGCCCUGCACAUUGUGGGUCCGGACAAGAAGGUGUGCUUAAAAUGGAGCACUAAUUACUAGUUUUUAAUACAAAUUAAAUAAUGAGAAAAUUAGAACACUGAUUUGAUCAUGUGGUUCAUAAUCUGCAUGUGUAGAUCAAGUUGAGCUUUCUUUAUCCAGCAAGCACGGGGCGCAACAUGGAUGAGGUAUUGAGGGCCCUGCAAUCUCUGCAAAAGGCAUCAAUGUUCAAGAUUGCCACCCCGGCGAACUGGAAACCGCGUGAUCCAGUGGUGAUUUCUCCCAGUGUGACCGACGAACAAGCCAAAGAAAUGUUCCCUGCCGGUUAUCAGACUGUGGACCUUCCAUCUAACAAGAAAUACUUGCGUCUCACCAAUGUCUGAGAAUCUGAUAUGUUUUUGGUAGAUUUCCAUACAUAUCCCUGGAUUAUAUAUAAACUAUUAUGUAAGGAUGCUUGUAGUUACAUAUUGUAAGACUUAUUUUCUACGUGUGUGAAUCCUUCAAGUACGGUUGAAGAACUAGUUGUUUGUCAAAUGGUCCAUAAACUUUACGGUCUGUAUGGAUGGAUGAUCUAUCUUUGACAAUAGAACUGUUAAUUUGCU